CACUGUAAACCGCUUAGAGAGGGCUGGAAAGCACUGUAGAGCGGUAUAUAAGUCGAACUGCUAUUGCUAUAAGAGUUCUGUGGGAGGAUAUCUUCAUCGGAUGGAUUCUUCUGUUAUUUUUGUUGCCUUUUAGAACUGCAGAUUGCAGAGAUUAGAGAAAUCCAUGCUACAGUCCAGUAACAAGGAACCUGCAGCAUUCCGGUUAUUACUGAUAGCAGUCUGCUGCUGUUACUGCCAGAAAGGAAUUCUAAGUCACCUUUAACUCUGAAAGGAACACAGAGGACUUUAUUCAAGACUGGAUGAAUUUACUUCUCUUUUUCUCACAGGGAACUGUUAAUGAAUGAAGCUUGUACAGUUACAUGAAUGAGAGAUAAAGCUGAAGUCAAGCAUCUGCGUGCGUAUGUACAUGCACAGGAUUUGGACUACGUCACUCUUGCACACCUAUCUUAGGCAUAUUACCUGAUGUUCUGAUGGAUUUUGGUUACCCAGAGGUUAUAUUUAAUAAGAGAGAAUUACUGAUGCUCAGAACAUCUCAAGACAGGCAGCACGCAUCUGUUUGCUACAGUAGAUGAUCAUUACUGACUAAAAGCAGCAUAAAUGUCCCCUGCACCCAGCUACAUCAUCUGAUUCUCCAAUUUCAAAAGUACUAAUCCUGCAGGAUUUCCUAUCAUUGUGCAAACAUGGAAGCCCAGCAGAACAAGCUUGAAUUCUUCCAUAAGCUGGGCUACAGCAAGAAGGAGGUGUGCAAAGUUCUAGAGAAAUUAGGUCAAGAAGCUUCGGAGAAUGAUUUGCUGCAAGAAUUGAUCCUCAUGGGGAAGAGACCUCGGGAGAAUCGGAGUGAGGCACAAUGUUUUCAACCCAAUCUUGCUGCUCAUGGACUACCAGGGCCCCUCCCAUUUCCCCAGGGCUCUACUGAGGAACCAAACGAGGCGUCUGAUCAUUUGAGACCUAUUGUAAUCGAUGGGAGCAACAUUGCAAUGAGUCAUGGAAACAAAGAAGUAUUUUCAUGCUUAGGAAUUCAGCUGGUGGUAGACUGGUUCAAACAAAGAGGCCACCAGUAUAUCAAAGUUUUCGUUCCAUCUUGGAGAAAGGAACGGUCUCGAUUUGAUACCCCUGUUACAGAUCCACAUAUCCUUGAAAGCUUGGCCAAGCAAGCAAUUCUCAUCUACACACCAUCCCGCAAAAUAAAGGGCAAAAGAAUGAUGUGCUAUGAUGAUCGCUACAUUGUUAAAUUGGCCUAUGAACAAGAUGGGGUCAUUGUUUCCAACGACAACUUUCGAGAUCUGCAGAAUGAAAACCCUGAGUGGAAAUGGUUCAUUGAGCAGCGACUGCUCAUGUAUUCUUUCGUCAAUGACAAAUUCAUGCCACCUGAUGAUCCUUUGGGCCGACAUGGACCUUCUCUGGAUAAUUUUCUAAGUAGAAAACCUCUUUUCCCUGAAUCAAGAUGGCAGCUCUGUCCUUAUGGCAAAAAGUGCACAUACGGCAUCAAGUGCAAAUUUUACCACCCAGAAAGACUGAACUGGGACCAUCUCUCUGUAGCUGAUGAACUCCGGGUCAAAGCUAAAACCUACUUGUCGGGUCAAAAGACUGAAGAAGAGAAGGGAACAAACCCCACGAAGAAUAAGAGUGGGCAUCCAUCUUCUCUAUAUAGUCCUAGAAGUACUAUUAACCGAAGCAGCACAGCACUCAGCUCAGAAGUAAUUCACACUAGUGUCCCACAACAGAUAGGAGAGUACCAGAUGGAUUCAGCUAACAACUGGGCAAACAUGUAUCAGGACAGCUACCAGGUUCCAUUAACUUUAUUGCAACAUGGUCAAACUGGAUAUGCAGUAGCGGAAGCCGAACAAUUCACUGCAUCUUCUCUAACUGCCAGGACGUAUUCUGGAAAUACACUUGGAAGACCUGCAAAAUAUGAAGCCCUAGUAGGUGAGUCCCCUAGGGACCAUUAUCUCAGAUACAGCCAGGGUCCACUUUUGUCUCAUCACAACCGGUGCUUGGACUGUCCAUGUUUAGAAAUGUGUAACUUCCAGGGGUGUUGUAGAAAACAGGCAUCAGCAAUACAGACCUUACAAACACCUUCCUUUUUAGCAAGGGAGAUCUCAAAGGCCCAGUCCAAUGAAGAACAGGAUUCUAUAGAUUCUUCAGCUGAGGUAUUUUCAUAUAGCAAGUAUGGGGAGAUGGGUCACAUUGGACAUUUGCAAACUAGACCUUAUGACCAAUUAUUUUUGUUAAAUUCCAACUUGCUCAGAAGAUACAAUUGUCCUUCUGGUGUGGAGUCUCAGCAGAAUUUGGCUCAAACUCCAUUUUCUCAAGAGCAAGCAAAUGUCCAGCAACCCCUAAGGUUUACGUUCCCAUAUUUUCAGGAAAACCAAGCCUUAAUUUCCUCCAACACAGACAUAGUGAGAAAUUUUAUACCAUUAGCUAGGAAGCAUGGGAAUCUUCAUAGUAGGUUCCCUAAUAGGAAACCAUGGUGAAGGUUUUCUCAUGUCUUCUUUACACAAGGUACAUUCAACUUCAGUAGAUCAACCAGUAAGAACAGAAAGAGAUAUAUAGAUAUAUACACAAGCACACACAAAAUUUGUUUUUCUGGUUUCAAUCAUUUAUGUUUUGCCAUCCUCAAAACAGCCUGUCAGUCCAUUAAGCCAAUUUAUAUUCUUAUUUGGAUCCUUCCUAGAUGCAUUUCCCACAAACAUCCUUAGACGGCUUCAGCUUCAUAUGUUUCUAUUUAAUCAUUCUCCAAGUUUCUUAUUCCUUUAUUAAACCAUGAGCAAGGGCUUUUUUCCCAUCUAUGUUUAGUUUCUGUUAGUAAAUGCUUGGUGGCUACAUAGAUAUGACCAUGUACAGUAGGUUUAGUUUGUUAUUUACUGGACUAUCCUAUUUGCAAUUUUCUUGGCAACAAUACAAUAAAAACGUAAGAGUGAUUUGCAAUUGCCUUUUUCCAGGAUAUGAGAUUUCCUGGUGGUGUCCCAUCCAGGGUUGUCACUACUGAGUCUUUAAGAGAGCAGCCAAGUUUAGUAAAAGAACUGUCAGCUGCUCUGACAUGCUAGCCUUGUAGAAGAAAGGCAAAGGUACAAGGACAAUAGUGUUCCCCCAAUCACUACGUUUUCAGCCCUUGUGACUAGCUGGACUUGGCUUAAAAAUGCACACAUUUAUACCUCCUUUUCUUAAUAGCCAAUAGAGAAAAAUAAGCCUUCAGGUGGCACUUGUAUGUUGAAGUCUCCCCCUCCCCACCUUUUUUGUUGUUGUUGGUGCAUUAAUUGAAUCCCCUCCUGGACAAAAACUACUUCCCUCAGAUUGGUUUAGUUUGUUAUUUACCGGACUAUUCAUGAAUAUGGUAUUUUCAGAAAUUGCAACUGAUCUAGUAUAUGGAGAUACCUGGAUCGUCAUCCAAAAACCUCCAUUUUGAUGUAUUUCAAUAAUGCUUAAAAAAAAACCUUCACAGGUUACUAUGUUAUUUUUAAGAUUAGUUCACAGUGCUGAUGUGAAUAUAAACAGCUAGGAAGAAUGGUGAUAUUAUAUUCUCCCACAAAACAUUUUUACUUGAUACAUUUCUUUGUUUUUGAAAGCACAAAUUAGUUUUUCCUUAUAGUAUUGAAGCUGUGGAUGGAACGUUAACAUGUUAAUGGCUUAUUCUGCAAUUGCUUCCUAAUUUACUUAUUGUCUGCUUAUUAUAUUGAUAUGUUUUUUAAUUCAAAAUAAAUAUGCUACCAUGAGGACCUAUUUGUGGAAAAGUGAAGGACAACUCUUUGAAAUAAA